AUUACCGCUGAUGUAGCGCUCUUCCCUCUUCUUCCCUUCUUGUAUCUUUGCCGCCUCCCAUUUUCUGCUUAAUUCAUGCGUUUUUUUUUUUGAAUAAAAUCCACACUGGAUAGGAACUAACACAGAAGAAAAAUAUGCCUCGUACUACCACUUUGGAGUGCCCUGGUUGCCCUCCUCUUAGAGCUUUAACUUUUGACAUUCUUGGAUUAAUCAAAGUUAUUGAAGGUAAGGGUGAGCAAAAGGAAGCUCCUAAGGUGGUGGAAAGAUGGGGGGAGCCUGAUGCUUCCAGGUGUGUGCUUGCCACGUCAAUUGUUGACCGUGAAUUUGACCCUCUACUAGGUGUAGCAAGGAAAAAUGGCUCGAUUGACGUGCUUAGUCCUGUCAAUGGAGAUGUUCGUGCCUCCAUUUCAAAUGGAAGUCAAAAUGAAACAGGAUCUGAAGAUAAUUCUGUAGUUGGCUUACAUUUAUUUGGAAAAGAGAGAUUGGACUCAUCAUCAAGGUCAUGUUCCAUGCUUACAUGCACAAGAAAAGGACAAGCAAGCAUGAAGUGCAUUAAAAUGUCAAAGUCACCUGAAGAUUCUGGUAGUGAAGAUACUCAAACAACAUGGAAUGUUUGUGGUUCAGGCAGUAUUUUGUGCUCUAAGGUAGAUGCAGAUGAAAAUUAUGCAUUGUUUGGUGGGUGA